GCAGGCUGCGGAAGGCGGCACCGUCAAGCGCUUUGUGGAGGGAGAGAUCGGACUUCGGCGCGCGUGCGUUAGGAAGGAGAAGUUUCCCGGUUAUCAAGACUCGAGAACAUCCUGUGAAAGGUACAUGGUCUGAACACCUCGAUGUUGAGGGUAGUUUUGUGAUGGAUGCAGAUGAACACCCUCCCUUGCAUUGUGAAGACUCUCGUAUGAAAUACGACCACAGCAAGAAACCGUCAGGAGCAAGUACAGAUAUUGAACAUCUUUAUGAAGCAGUGCCACAGCUUGCAAAUUUGUUCAGAAUUAAGGGGAAAAUUGGUGAAGGUACGUUUAGUUCUGUUUACCUGGCCAUAGCCCAGCUACGAGGAGGCCAUGAAGAAAAAGUGGCGUUGAAGCAUUUGAUUCCUACCAGUCAUCCUGUACGGAUUGCUGCUGAAAUUCAGUGUCUUAUAAUAGCAGGGGGACAAGAUAAUGUCAUGGGAGUUAGGUACUGUUUUAGAAAAAACGAUCAUGUGGUUAUUGUUAUGCCAUACCUGGAACACGAAUCCUUUUUGGACAUCUUGAACUCUCUCUCCUUUGAAGAAGUAAGAGAUUAUAUGUUUAAUCUCUUCAAAGCUUUGAAGCGUAUUCAUUACUUUGGCAUUGUUCACCGUGAUGUCAAACCCAGUAACUUCUUGUACAACAGGCAAAUGAAACGGUAUGCCCUGGUCGACUUUGGUUUGGCGCAAGGAACUCCUGACACAAAAAUAGAACUUCUCAAAGUUAUCCAGUCGGAAGCCCAGCAGGAAAGUUGUGCAUGGAAUAAGCCUCAGAUAACUUUGGGAUCCCAGGUUUCAGUUACUGCUAGAGCACCUAGGCAGCUAGUUCGUCAGCCAGCUGCAAGAACGGCUAAUAAAAGGCCCUGUUCCCUUUCCCAAACAGAGAUUAAACAAGAACAGAAAAGAAAGGAGGGGCCUGAGAGCCUUCACGUUCAACGCUCUGUCUUUGGGGAGAGGAAUUUCAAUGUCCGCAGUUCUGCAUCUCAAGACAAUUCCAAACUCAUAAAGCAGCCUAGGGUGACAGAUAUUGCAGCUAGAAAAUUAUUGGCGAAGAAGAAGACAACUUCAGCUGUGACUAAUGGCUCAGUGAAGAAAGCUGCCAGCAGUUAUCCAACUAGCAUGACCUGUGACUGUUAUGCAAAAGAUAGAGUCUGCAGUGUUUGUCUUUCAAGGCGUCAGCAGGUUGCUCCAAGGGCUGGUACACCAGGAUUCAGAGCACCAGAAGUGUUAACCAAGUUUCCAAAUCAAACUACAGCAAUUGACAUGUGGUCUGCAGGAAUCAUAUUCCUUUCUCUGCUGAGUGGCCGGUAUCCAUUUUACAAAGCGAGUGAUGAUUUAACAGCUUUGGCACAGAUUAUGACUAUUCGUGGAUCUAGGGAAACAAUUCAAGCUGCUAAAACAUUUGGUAAAUCAAUACUGUGUAGUAAAGAUAUCCCAGCGCAGGAUUUACGGAUGCUCUGUGAAAGGCUGAGAGGAAGCAAAACCAGCUUUGACAUAUCGACAGGUGAUGGGCAGAUCAACCUUUCUCAGGAACCUCCGCUACAAGCUGAAAUCUUCAACAUUUCAGAGCCUGCACUUCAGACAUCUAAAAAGCACCUGCAGUAUCAGAAGCCAAGUUGUCAUGAACGUGAUGGCCUGGUUAUUAGAACUUCUGAAAAGGCAGCUGAACUGGGAUGGGACAAAGUCCCUGAUGAGGCCUAUGAUCUUCUGGAUAAACUGCUAGACCUAAAUCCUGCUACUAGAAUAACUGCAAAGGAUGCCUUGCUUCAUCCUUUCUUCAAAAAUAUGAAGCAGUGAAAAGAUGCUCGGCUCUGUACCACCAGAAGCAUUGGAAGUCACAGUUUCCUUAUCUUUAAACAAAAUCAAAAUCCCUAGAGGGACAUUGUUUCCUCUAAAUUGCUUCAUAGCUACAUCCAACUUGCCGGAAACAAAACAAACAAAACCUUGUCAGCUAUUAAACAUACUGAAGUCCAAAUCAAAGGCAGACUGGGACAGAUUUUUCCCCAUGCUCUUACACCAUACAGUGGUCCCACAGUGGUCCCAGUCUGGCCUCUGCACGAUACCUGUAUAGGCUUCCUUUGGGCUGCCUUGUUCUUGACUUCUAGGAGCACCGCUUCUUCUUAAUCAGCUCCUAAUACCUGUACAAAUGUGCCUUUACCAUGUGAAGGGUGCUAAUGUGAGACUGUGAUAGAGAAAAGAUUCCCACUGUACUUCCAGCCUCGCAGACCAACAAGUAUACUUGAAAAUUUGUCCUAGUCAUCAAAACGCAUUCUCUCUUCGGAGGAAGAAACAGAGAAUUCUGAGCCGACAACAGUAGUUUCUAAGGGCUUCGGACUACAGCUUUUGAAUGCAUGCAUUUUAGGUGGAACAAGAAGCAGCUGUGAACAUGGUUACUCUAGUGUGUCCAAUCCUAGCCAACUUAAAAGACCCACAUUUCCCUUCUUUCCAGGAGCUGGCAGGUGGGGAGUGAUGCCCCUGCAGAUGCUGCCUCCCAGCCUCAGCCUUUCUGUCGCUUACUGGAACAUUUCGGGCAGAAUGGUGGUCAGGACAGGGCAGUGCCAGCACCCCGGUGGAGCCAACCUGCCGGUCCUGCUGGUGCAGCCAUGCCACUCUGAGCUUGCUGCUCCCUUGCCUCACCCACAUCAGCAUUACUGAUUCCAAGCUGGCCAGAUCUGCAGUGUUGCCAUUCCCUACCAGCCGUUCCUGUUCCCUAUCCAUGUCACUAUCAAGACUGAACAAUUUUCAUAUAAUUAAAUGGCCAUUCAGCUUAAUAAGGCUUAGUGCUUGCCGUAAAGAUUUCCCUGCCCCC